AUGUCCGAUGCGUCACCUAUUCCCAACAAGCUCUACAGACUCGCUCUUUCGCCCCAAAAAAAGAUAAAAUACUUCUACGCUCGAGGGCGCAAACACUUUGAGCGCAGAGUGUUUGAACAGAGAUCCUUUCUUGAGACAUUUAGAGUUAUGGACGGUGUUCCAUUGGCGGCGCGUCCUCGAUUCUACAACAACUUGCCAUUGUACGAAGUGAACGCGGGCGCAGAUCAAUACGACGAGUCAAUGGAUGACUCUGAUAUGGAGAUCGAAACAGAUCAGGAUGGGUAUCCACGCGUUGACGGAGAUAAUCAAGGUGACAGGCUGUACAUGAUAAACGCACGCUCGACUUCCUGUGUUUACAGCUUCGAAGAACACGACGACGACGACGACGAUAGCGAAGCAGCGAGUGACCCCCAGGACAAUGCUCUGAGCAAACUCAUACCGGACCUCGACAAGCCUCUGCCUGCCGUCACAGGUCAGAACAGAUCGUGUUGGAUCGAGACCCCAGAGAACGGAGUCGAACACUGGCGAGCGAAGCUUGAAUACCGCCAUCAACAGUCGCUGAAACUUUCUCGUACGCCGAGCGUCGCUCACCAUCCCAGUCGAGCUGAAUGGGAAGAAGACCUUCAGAUCACUGGCGUCAUUCGGGAGAUGGUGCGGCACCUUGAAGGUGAACUUGCGAAGAGAUCGUCACUAUCUCGUCCGCUGACAUACCAUGAACAUGGCUGUGUAUUCAUAUACCGCAGAAUUGACCUUCCCACAGGUCCUGCUAGCUGUUCCCAUCCUCUCUGCCGCUACAGGUCCCCUGGACACAUCAAGAGCCAUACUAAAUGCGUUACGAUCGAGAACGUCGUCUCCAACUUCAUGCUUGAGGGUCCGCCGUUGUUGAAUAUUGCAAACGGUGAGAUACCGAUAUAUACUCGCGAUCUGGUCCAUUUCACACCGUAUCAUCGUGGGUUGAUAAAGAUGUGGUUCUGCGUAUCCUGCCUUGAGGAUCUUUGGGGUCGAUACAAGGACUCUCCCACCGAAGACGGCUCAUUGACGCCUUCGACAUUCACAUCGGUGGAGAAUGGACAAAAGUCGACGUCAGCGUCUCGCUCUUCUGCUCUGUCAGAGCAGUACACAGAUACCUCUCCUACUACUAUGCGGCCUCCUCCAAGACCACUACCAUCCUCUGUAUGUCCCCCGAGCAGCGUAAAUUCAAGAAAGCGAGCAUCUACAUCGACUGCCUCACCUGAGCCUCCUCGUACUCCAAGAAUCCGCCUCGUCGACAACACAGAGCCAGCAAGAGAGUACAAUGAUCCCUCCAUUCUAGGGCUCGAUGGCACAACGGACAUAAAGGCCAUGAAUAACGGCAAAACCCAGAUAUACGUCAUGCUCGACAGUUCCGGUGACGAAGAGAAGGAUCGUGAAUCCCAAACACACAUACAAGCAGACACUGAUGAUGGAUCAGAGUACGUCGACGUCAGACAGUUCCACGAAUCUCGUCCCGAGAAUAAUGAAUUUCUAGGUUAUGCUUCCUUACCAAAGCAUGAUUUUGACGACUGUAACGACCUCAUGCCUGCGCGGCCUCGUACGGCAGAAAAGCUGGAUACGCGCACUGUCAGAUUCGCAGAAACGGCCGUCCUGAUCCCUUUCGUCCCGCACACAACCCUUCGAUUCGCCAGAGACGUGGAGUACAUACCCACAGCGCCAUACCCAUCCCCAGGUCCAGAGUCGGACAUUGACCCAGACACGAUCGAUCACGCUCCCACCACCUUGGUCUCUGUCGACGCCCCAUGCUCACACUACAACUCCCUCGCCGUUCGCCCCCGUAGCCGCAUCCGGUCCUCGCGCAAAACAAACACCUCGACUCGCACAAGAAACAAACCCCAACCAUCAUUUAAGCCCACAACCACCAAACCCACCACCAAACCCACGUCCCCAACCCCCAAACGCCCUCGCUACGGCACCGCCCCAAUAAUCAAAUUUGCAUCACCACCAUCCCCCCUAUCCCACCAACCCCCCACCCCAACACUAUGGUGUCUAUGCCGCAGCCCAAUCGACGGAAGCGCCAUGCUCGCCUGCGCAGCAACAACUUGUCAUAUCGGCUGGAUGCACGUGGCAUGCUUGAAGGAGAGCGAGAGGCCUCGUGUUGGUGUGCUGGCGAAGGGGGAGUGGGUCUGUCCUGUUUGUGUGGGUGGUGCCGGGUGGGAGUAUCUUGGGGAGAGUAGGAAUGACGAGGGAGAGAAAAAUGGGGAAGAGGGAGAAGGAGUGAGAAAAGGAAAGGGAGAAGCAGCACGUAACAGACCUGUGGGCGAGGUGGAACAGCAAGUGGAGGAACAGCAAGUACAGGACGACGACGACACGUCUAAACAUACCGCGUACGCAAAAGUACUAGCGCAAUUCGCUGCCGUCGAAGAUAUAUUCCGUGUGUCGCAAGCAUCGCGCGCGUAUAGCUAG